AUGGAGAAGAAAUCCCCUUCGAGUCCCUCUUGGGCCUGUGUUGCAGGCUCUAAGGACCACGACGUCCAACAUCUACAUCCUGCUCGAAUUAAUCAGAGACCAGCUUCGAUGGCCACUGAACCUAAGGCCACGACAAGCACGACAGACACGAACGUAGACGUUGCAUUGUUAAAUGCAACGAUCGCAACCCUUAACGACGACUUAGCGCGUCGGACUUCUGAUCUGAUUGAGAUCAGAUAUCAUCUCCUCAGUAAAACUGCUGAGGUAGAUAACCUCAAGUCUACCGUGGCUACUCUAAGCGAAGGAUUAGAGUUGGCCAAAGCUAAGGAAAUCGGUGGCUCUUGCAAAGACACCGAGAUUCAACAGCUUAAAUCUGAGGUCGCAAGUCUGAGAAAUGCCCUUCAUACAGGGGUAAUCUCGAUCGCACAACUUUACGGACCUACCAGUCUCCAGGAGUUCAAUGCCAUUUGUGGUAAGGGCUCAAAGGCUGAUAACGGGACAGCAGUGGAAUAUACCACACAAAUUCCGAAAGCCUCCCAUUACCAGCAGACAAAGACUGCACCGUCUUUAUACGACGGUUCUCAGCACUUAAAUGAUGGUAGUGUCGAGGGAAAUGUUUCUGCUAUCAUCCAAAACUGCGCCCCUGUGGACGCCCAAUUAUCAAGCGUCAAUAUCCCUAGAGCUAUCGUUAAUCUCCCACCUUCCAAGAAUAUACAGCAAGGUUCAGACAACCCGAAUAAGAAGGAACGAGGAAGUAAGAAACCAGUACGACUACGAACAAACACCGCCAAGCGCGUCAAUAAACCCACGGCGACUGCUUGUGUUAACAAAGCGCCUCUUGGUGGAAUGUCCCAAGACGCGGAUCGCCCGACGGAUAACUGUGAUGGCUGGACUACGAUUCCAGUGAAGAACAGGCCUAAGGAAAAUAACAAGAAGAGACAGAACAGGAAGGGAAAAGGCGCCGCAAAUGCAAAAGUGGAAGGAAAGGGAGAAGAAGAGGGAAAUGGGGGAGUGAAUUCGGGCCCCAACUCUCAGGCAAAGAAAUCCCAGACUGUUCAGAAGAAGGUUCCAGGUGAAGCCCAACCUCAACAGGGAUCCAACACCAACCCACCCCAGCACAGACGCGCCAGAAGACCAAGAGGAACAGUGAUCGGAUCAGCCUCUAACUUCUCGCAGAAGCCCAAGCAAGCUCGCGAGCAGGCUAAAGAUCAAGCUAUACCAAAGAAUGGCAAGGAACAACCUGCGAAACCCACCCAAUCCGCGCAAAAGCAUGGCAAGGCAAGCUUACCGAUCUCUCCCGCUGCCAAUACCAAUACCGUGGAGCCUAAGCCACAAUCCAAAGCGGCAAGCAACCCUGGAUCGGCGCGUACUUCGUCACUCAGUCCUGCCGCCGAUUGGGCUUUCGGGCGCAAGUAG